GCGCCCAGCCCAGAUGUGAGCCCUGCUGUCUCCAGCAAGACGGGAACGAGAAGCAACUAGAAGGAAUUCUUUGGGGGGACUUGUGCAGAGCUGGUGGAUGGGCGCUGCUUACCGUACCGACUGGACCUACCAAAGACACCGGUUCAACCAAAACUAAAGAAUUUUUUUGUGGUUGUUUGCAACCUUGAAGAAUUAUCUCAGAAAGGUUAUUUUUUUUUGCUCAGAAACGAAGCAAACUUUAAACAUUAGACAGUGUAUCUGGCAUCCCAUAAUUUUUAUGCUCUUUUUAUUUCUCGAAUGUCUAUUUUUAUUUUUAAGUGACGUCUCGAGUUAAAGCUGAAAAAUAAAUUUUUAAGCAUUAACGACCAUCCCUUGUCCCAGUCUGUUGCGCCUGCUUUUAAAAGACGCCGACAGAAAAUCGUACUUCACGUUUUUUUAUUUAUUUAAUCUUUCUUGCUAUUCCAAGGACGCUUUGCUUCUUCUGUAUUUAACAGCUGGAUUUCUACAUUCCUCGCAGCAGCUGAAGUCUUCGUCACGACCGUCCACAAACACUGUGCAUGUUCUGUUCUCUAAAAGGUGCUAUAAAAAGGCAAUGCAAGCAGCCAAUACACUGUGAUAGGCAGAGGGGAAAUUUAAGAAGAUUUUAGAACUUGAAAAGCAGUGGAUAACAGAAGACAAGGGGCACCCGAAAGCAUCGGGGACAUACGGCAUUGCGGUUUUCUAGGUCAUAUUCAGCGGGAUGGGGAAGUUUGAUCGCAACAAGAAGACCCCCGAGGUGAUCCGCACGGUCACCGAGGGUCUCAAAUCUCUCUACAAGUCCAAGCUGCUUCCCCUGGAACAAUACUACCGCUUCAAUGACUUCCAUUCACCCGCUAUGGAAGAUGCCGACUUUGACAACAAGCCCAUGGUUCUGGUGGUGGGUCAGUACUCCACAGGCAAGACCACUUUCAUCCGCUACUUGCUCGAACAAGACAUUCCUGGCAGUCGCAUUGGACCAGAACCGACCACCGAUUCGUUUACGGCAGUCAUGCACGGAGAGGUUGAGGGGCUGAUCCCAGGGAAUGCUCUAAUUGUAGACCCCAACAAGCCGUUUCGUAAGCUGAAUCCGUUUGGAAACACCUUUCUAAACAGGUUUCAAUGCGCUCAGCUGCCCAACAAGGUUCUGGAGAGCAUCAGCAUCAUUGAUACCCCGGGGAUCCUGUCUGGAGCGAAGCAGAGGGUUAGCAGAGGUUAUGACUUCCCAGCGGUCCUGCAGUGGUUCGCCGAGCGCGUUGACCGCAUUAUCCUUCUCUUCGAUGCCCACAAGCUUGAAAUCUCAGAUGAGUUUUCCGAGGCCAUCCGAGCCCUCAAUGGGAAUGAAGACAAGAUCCGAGUUGUUCUCAACAAGGCUGACAUGGUGGACACCCAGCAGCUUAUGCGUGUCUAUGGCGCCCUCAUGUGGUCUCUGGGCAAAGUUUUCAAUACUCCAGAGGUGGUCCGUGUUUUCAUCGGGUCCUUUUGGUCGGAACCACUGCUCAUUCCUGACAAUCGCAAGCUAUUUGAGUUGGAGGAGCAGGACCUGUUCAAUGACAUUCAGAACCUGCCACGAAACGCGGCUCUUCGGAAGCUCAAUGACCUAGUGAAGAGAGCGCGGCUCAUCAGGGUCCAUGCGCACAUCAUCAGUCACUUGAAAAACGAGAUGCCCUCUGUCUUUGGGAAAGACAACAAGAAGAAGGCCCUGAUUAACAAGCUGCCUGUCAUCUAUGCCAAGAUUCAGCUGGAACACCACAUCUCACCAGGUGACUUCCCGGACUGCACCAAAAUGCAGGAACAGCUGGCUGUGCAUGAUUUCUCAAAGUUUCACUCCCUGAAACCACGACUUAUGGAGGUUCUGGAUGAGUUCAUGACCUCAGACAUUGCCAAGCUGAUGCCUCUUCUCCGGCAGGAAGAACUAGAAAAUGGGCCUGACAGUGGAGUGCAGGGAGGAGCCUUUGAAGGUCAACGUUAUGGCCCCUUCGUGGAAGGCAUCAUGGAUUCAGUACCUGAAGGUGAAGACGAUGAGGACUGGGUGGUCACCAAAGACAAGCCCAAAUAUGAUGAGAUCUUCUACACUCUGUCUCCCAGUGAUGGCAAGCUCAGCGGAACCAAGGCUAGAUCCUGGAUGGUAACCACAAAGCUGCCUAAUUCUGUGUUGGGCAAAAUCUGGAAGCUGUCAGAUGUGGAUCGCGAUGGCAUGCUAGAUGAUGAGGAGUUUGCACUGGCCAGUCACUUAAUUGAGGUUAAGCUGGACGGCCACGGCUUGCCCUCAGAACUACCCCGGCAUUUAGUGCCACCAUCUAAACGUCGACAAGGCUCAGAUGCCUAAUUGCCCCAGUCAUGGCAGCAUUCUCACCAAUGUGUGCCUCAUACACACGACUAAUAGAUGAUGUUCAUUCUAAAGAUCAGGCUGUCAUAGUUUGUCUCUAAACAGAAACCCACAACACCCCACUAACCAGUGCCAUCCCUCGAAAGAAAGGUUGCAGUUUUUGAAUGGGCUCAAUACCGACUCAGUUGCCGUUAACCUGUGAACUUCACAAGAAUGUUCAGUACAGUUUUAACAGAAUUUACAGUCCUGGGCAUAAAUCUUAGUGCUGAUUAUCUUUUUAAAGUUAUAACUUCAGUUCUUUAAAAUUGGCUGACGAUCUCUGCAGAUCAAGUGCGUAAAUUACUGUUUUUGGCUUACAAGGCAACUGUUCUUUCUCUGUCUCACAUACACACACACACACACACACACACACACACACACUCACAUGCUACUUGUAAAUGUAACAUUUAAGGACUGCUGGUUUAAAUUCUCACUCAACUACCAAUCACCUUUGAUUUCCAAGCUGCAAUUACAUUCACUCUCCGUGUCAGUUGCACGUGACAUCACACAUUGCGGUUGUGUGCUCUUGGAUUAUUGGAGCAUUGACUUGUGAAAAAUGAGUGGUCCUGGAUACAAUUGGGUGGGCAAGCAAUAAGCCUUUUGGGUCCCCUUGAAGUUUUGAUCGUCUCAGUUUAUCGAUGAUUGAUCUGAGUUUUCCAUCUUUAGACCCGACUCCCUGAAGCUUCACUCCUGUUGUGUCAUUUCACUUUCUCGCUUCAGUACAUUUACGUGAGGGCCCACUGGGAACUUUGGAAGGAACACAAAGUCACUUUUAAUCUGUUAAUUGGUCUGAAAACAUUGUAUUUAUUCAUGAAUAAAAUAAAGUGCACACAAAACACAUUUGAGAUAUAUCUGGUUGCUCAAAAUACAAUUCAAUCAUAAAAACACAAUUUCUGGUUGACCAGGUUAUAUGUUUUAUUUUAUACAAAAGCCAGCAUUGUGUUCAUUGUGUUGGAGAAUUUGGGUAGCACCAUUUCCUUUGAAUUGUCCAACUCAAGCCUUCUAUGUUAAAGGACAUUCGUGUGACUCUCCCAACUGGUUAACUCAUAUUUCAGGUGAAUGCAACAUCAGCAACUCCAUCUCAAUCACUGUUGGGCUGAGAAGCAUCGUAAGACAUAGACUUUCAACUGCACUACCUACAGACAAUUCAUGAGCUAUGUUAUAAAUGUUCACACAUAGCAACGUAUCCCAUCAAAAAUGAUGCAUGUGUUAACCAAACCCCCAAAUCUAUACCAUAGACAGCAAUUCUACACCCCAAAUAUUUGUGACAAACAGAAUCACUGCAAGUUUGGGUCGCAACAGCAACUCAGCAAUGACGCGUGUUCAUUAUAACGUCUGAUUGGCUAACAAGCAUACGUUAAAGAGUAAAAAUUUAAUGUAGCACAUAUUGCAGUGUUUAUGCACAAGGUCAUUUUUGACCCAAAAAUUGUAAAGUCUGUUUAGCUCAUCCAUGACAUCAUCACGACUGCUUGCCCAGUGUCACUGGCACUGUGUGGACUACACACUUUUCUCGCCAAGAAUUACUUUCUGUCUGUUCCGUUCCCCCUUAGCACUUCAGCAGCCAAACGACAAAUCACACAGAGAUGACAUUCAUGCAUUUUUUGUGACUGCGGCAUCAUAUGCGCUCUUGUCUCAGACAUUCUAAUAGUGACAGCACACAAAACUGGCAGAAUCUUCACAGCUUUCCUAACCUCAGUCCAGGACGUCCUGCUAUCCUGCCCAUUUGGCUAACACAGAGGGGACUGCAGCACUCUUGGCGGUGUCGGCCCAAUCCAAUCGACAUUGUGUUGCAUCUCAUCAUGUGCCUUUUUAUUUUGCCUUUCUUCUUUUUUAAUUGCUUCCCGUAAAUCUCUCCAAAAUAGAGGAGUUUGCUUUCUUAAUAUUUUCUGCCUUUCACAUCCAGCUCUGCCAGCAAACGUUAUUGUUCUAAUGGAUUUAAAGGUUUGUACGUUUUUUGAUUACUUAUGGAAAACACAAACACACACAUAAACCACUAAAAACACGAUAGCACAAGUGCCUAAAAAGCAAAAUUUAGGGAAAACCUAAUAGCAAAAUAAAUACUUUUCAGAAUUCGAAAACCAGUUUUUGUAUACCUGUAUGCAUAAAAAUGAAUGAUGUUUUAUAUAUCACGUUAACCCAAUUUGAAGCUUUUCUUCCAUAUUGAGUAAAAUGGAUUCAUUUAAUGCAAAUAUUAAAUAACUUUUUAAAAAUUAAUAUAUAUAACAUUUUACUGAAAAAGCAUAAAGUUUAGCAACGGCAAAAGUAUAUGUAAUAGAAUUCACAUAAAAACAUGCAAAGAAUCUUGAAUUUUUAAUUUUUAUAAAUUCAUCAAAAAACAAUAUAUAGGAAAUACUAUGUAUAUAGCAGAAGCAGCACAGAAGGUCGUUACUGCAAAAAUAAGUGUAUAGAUUGUUAGAAUUUUAGUAAUACAUUCAAAAACAUACACAUUAAUGAAAUUAAUUUAUAUAUGCAUUACACCAGCUUUCUCCACUGUGAUUGCCAAAGGCUCAUUUUAGCCUAGUUGGCUAUAUGGGAUUUGAAUCUAGUCACAAAUCUUAAAUAAAAGCAUGUUUAUUUAUUAAAGGGAUUAGUUGACAAUUAACAUCAUAUCAUCACUUGCUUUCAUAUAUAUAUAUAUGACAUUAAAAUGUAUAUUAGCAAAAAAAACUUUACGUGUGUCCAUUUAAGAUCAUUUAAUUUAUGAGUGGUUUAGCUUUUUCCUAUCUAUCUAUCUAUCUAUCUAUCUAUCUAUCUAUCUAUCUAUCUAUC